AUGUAUUUCACUUUAUUUAGUGACAUUUUCGAUCUAUAUUCUAAAAUCUGUUUUCACAUCAACACUGAGAAGAUCUAGAACAAGAAAGACUUAAGGAACAUUUUCAAAAGGUUAACUAAAGGCUAUAGUAAACGUAUAAUGAAUUUGGUUCUUGCAAUCAAAGUUGGCAUUUUGUUACUAACAUGUUUCUUAGCAUAACCCUUGAUCAAAUAUUAUGCCGCUGAUUUAUGGUAUAAUUAAUAAUAAGAGUUUCAGAGUUUUGGGUAUCAUUAUUGA